UCAGGUCAGAGUUCAUCCGCCGUCUGGCUGUCGACUUCGACCAUGAAACGGAGAUAGUAACUGUCCUAACCAAAUCAGUUGUGCCUGAUACCGCGAGCAGUCCUGCAGGACGCUCUCCAAGAUAUGAAUAUUCAAAAUGAAGCAGAGCUUAUUUCGAAUGUGCUGGGUGCAUCCCUAUCAUGCUCUACUUGUGUCCCUGGGGCUGUGUAUUGUUACUGUGGCUGUGAGUCUUCUGUACCUUGAGGAUGCAUCACUUAAAAUGCCACAUGAUCGCCUCCAACAUCUGCCUACUCGCAGCAUCACCACAGCAGCACCAUCUGUGUCACAUGCUGGCCUGGAUCAUGCCCAGAGUGAUACUGAUGACAUACAGGUAUGGCCUAUUCGUGUAGGUGUGGGACGGUCCAAGCAUGGUGCGAAGUGGGCUGACCCAGACCCUAGAGAUGCACUGGCUGUAGGGUCAGAUGUUAAAGUGCUGAACAAUUUGGAGAUAGUUGCACGAAAUAUCAGCCACCAUUCUGUACGCAGUAACUACCUGAAGAAGGAAUCCUGGCGCCUGCGUGUGGUUCAGGAAGAUGGCUCUGUGGUUAUACCACCACAUCUGCUGAAUGCUGUGCGACCUGAAAUUAACAGUCGUAAGAGAUAUAUCAUAUAUCUCUGUCAUGCUAACAUCUCCUGCUGUGGGUGGGGAGAUCGUCAGCAUGGAAUCCUGUCGACCUACGUUAUUUCGCUGGUCACCAAUCGCACAUUUGGUGUGGAGAUGUCAUCUCCUUGUCCCUUAACCAACUUAUUUCAUCCACGGCUGCUGGACUGGAAAAUUAAUGCAUCAUCGCUAGAAGGUCUUAGCACACGACACAUCUACGCAGUGAAUGAUCGGGUUUUUCGGCAGGUGAUGCAGACAAUCGACUUUGAUGCUGUCUACCCGGAGGAUGUGGUGUAUCUGACUACAAACUAUGACUACUUUUAUGCCCUAAGGUCCAAUCCACAUUAUUCGCAGAUCUUCCGCCGCAAAGUACACGGCAAGCCAAGGCCAGUUAUAUUUGCUGAUCUGUGGCAGAAUGUGUUUAAACUGAACAAGCGGGUGCGUCGGCGUAUAGACCGUGCCAUAAAAAUGGCUCGUCCCACCCCUCAUCACAAGCUGAUCUGUGGCCAUGUUAGACUAGGCAGGAACCCAUCCAUUCCCAAUGAUUCAGAGGUCAGGAAUACAUUGCACACCAUUCGACCCCUCUGGAAGUUUCUGUCCCAUUUCAAGGAUCAAAAAUACAGAAUUUUUGUGCCAAGUGAUUCAGAGAUAGUGCGUAGCAAAGUACUUGAUAUGUUUCCUGGUCAAGCAGUGGAUGUCAAAGGAGACAUCAUGCACAUUGAUAAAUCACAGGUGGAGGAUGGCUGUGUGGGCUUUGAGAAAGUGCUUGCCGACCAGUACCUUCUGUCGACUUGUGAUGUCCUAGUCUUAACCUACAGUGUCUUUGGCAAGUCGGCAGCAUACAUGCGUCGCUCCAAUCAUGAUCUGUACUUCAUGGAUAACUCCACAAUUAAACCACUAAGGCUGUUCAAAGAAAAGACCUAAGCCUGUAUGAACUCCUGUUAAGGUAACCACAUACUGAGUUAUGGCACCAUCAUCACACUGACAGGAUACCUUCUGGAACUACAGGUGCCACUGGGCACCCAUUGCUGUGAAGGAUUUGGUAUGUCUUGUGUUCUGCAAUAAUGCUCAUUGUUUAUGAUCAGGAUACAUGUUACAAGGAAGCAAGUUUGAUAUUAGCUGUUACCGAGGGUGAUGUGUUUCUGAGGAUUAUGAUGUGAUCUUUCAAGGGAUAGCCUAUGUCAUCAGUAAGUAUUCAAGAUGCAGAAAGGGAAAAGCAGGAGAAUUUUUUUCCUAGAAAACCACACAAUAGAUAUAAAAUAAUUUUAGAUUUUAUUUUAAUUAUUUUAGGCAUGAGAAGCAACAUAGAUGUCUAUAUCAAUAAACCUUUACUGGGCAAAAGAUGUUACAAUCUGACUAGAGCAAUGUUCUUAACUCAAUCAGGAUGUUUUGCCACUGCAAAGACAAACAUUACAAUCAGUAUGUACCUGUGGUCUUGUAUAAGUUAAAAGAUAUUGUUAAAAAAAAAUACCCUUUUUAAGUGUUUUAUAUUAGUCAAGACUUCAGACAGGAUUAGGGUAGGAGAAAGUGUUUUGUUAGCAGUUCUCCACUGUCAUAUGCUUGCCUUUUUUUCAUACAUUUCAAAACUAUCAAGUAUUUAAAGUUUUUUGUAAAGUAAAACAGAACAGCAUGCGUGUGUUUGUGUGUGUGUGUAAAAAUUGCACUUUUUAUUUUUUUUUUUUUUUUUUUUUUUUUUUUCCCAAGGGUAAGAUGUAUGUAGUGUGAGAAAGUUAUGUUCAAAGUAAUGUUAAUCAGUUUUAAGCGGCCUGUAUUAGGCUAGUCAUUCUCCGUACUGGAGACAAAAUGGACAGAAGCUUACUCUGUACAGCAGUGCUGGUGCAUUGCUGCCCGUUAUUCUUUCAAUAUUCACAAGUGCCGUCAUAUGCAUGCUUGAAUACACUUUUGCCUUCCUAGACUAUCUGGUAAACAAAUUUAGAAUGUAAAAACUCAGAACAAAUUACCACAUCUACAAAGAUUUAUGUCUAUCCAUGUUUGUGAAUUUCUAUAUUAAUAAAUAUCACUAUUACUAAAUUUAGUAAGUAGUGAUUUGGGGGCAUGUUGGAAAUCAUGGAACACAUAUUUUAUUUGUUUUAGUAUUUAGGGGUUGGCUACUCAGUCUGUUUUUGCAUAGUCUGAGGAGGGUUUUUUAAUUCUUUUUUCAUUAGGCAUCACAGAUUAAUGUAGAUUGUGUUUAUGUUUAUGAGACAGUAAACUAAAAUUCUGCUCCUCCUUCCACAUCCUCAAGUGACUAUUGACCUAAUUGACCAUUAUUUUGGUGUUCUUGUGUUCCUUGCAUUUUGUUCAGCAUGUCUUGGCUUGGAACAUAAAAAGGUGCAGUGCAUUUCAUGGCUUUACUAGCAGGAUACCUGGGGCACAAGAAAAGGUUAUUGUGGUUAUUUCUGAAUACUGAUGCUGUGGCAUGAUGAUGACUAAAGACAAGUGUCUUGGUAGUUGCUGAAGGUUUUUCAGUUGAUAGAGACAGUUUCUGAUAAAUUUAUCCAUCAGUAAUUGUUGCUUGUGUUACACUUGUCAGUUGGUAUCUGUCAACUAGACCUGGUGUGCAUUAACAUCAAAAAUAAUUUUUUUUAUUGAUUUUGUGUGAUUAAACAUAGAAAUGGAAUCAAACGUAGCCCUUUAUGCUUUCAACGUAAUUGAAGGCCUUACAAAUGGUCAGACACUAGCCCCUCUGUAAAUCUCAUUUCCUUCCUUUCAUAACAUCCUGUUGUAUGUUAUGCAGUGUUUGCCUUUGCUAGAAGUGCAGGCUGGAAAUUUAUGAUAAGGAAGAAAAGACUGGCACACAUGUUGGAGCAUGACUGAUAACACUAGGGAACGCUGCUUUUAGCCUUGUCAACCCUGAUGGUGCUGGCUUAAAAUGCAGCUCUUUUACUUAACUCCAGAAAAUGUUGAAAUCUUCAUGCUAGUAAGAUUUAAACGCAUUUACUGUAUAUAAGCUACACUUAUGCACUCAUUACUAGAAAUUUAAGUAUGGACAUCAGUAAGGGUAAAAGAAAACAUCUUUAUCGUGUACUUAAUCUGUUUGCCAGUUUAUAUACAUAUAUAUUGUAAAGAGUUUAGAUAAGCAGCAUUCGAAUGAAAAUGAAAAACACGGCAGCUUCUUUGAUUGCCUAAUCUCUGAAUAAGCUGGCAAAAUUCUAUCGUAGAUGACCAUUUUAUAGAGCUUGAAACUUUUUAGAUUUUGGUCAUUUCAUGUUGGUGUAGUCCUAAGACAUGCUGCAGUUUGGAUGAAAAUAUAGUUUCAAGAGCCUUUGAUAUGUCUGACAUGCAUUCCCAGAUAAAAGGAGGAUCUAUCAUCCUGAACAACCAUAGAGGUGUAGCAAAAUUUUGCAGAUAUUCCCUGAGUUUAAAAGAUACUAUUCAAAAUAUAAGGUCAAAACCAAGGUUUAACAGUAAGUAAAUUCUACUUUUUAUUUAUAAGUGUAAUCUACAUGAAGUAUUAAAAAUUUUUGAUGGCUACAGUUGCAUGCAAAUUGUUAUUUGAGUUUGUUUGCCGUGUGUGCAGUCAUUAAUAUAGUCUAGUACCAAGGAUUUUGCUAUUUACUAAGAGCAUAUCAUAUCAAAGAGCAGCCAGACACAUUUGAGACAAAAUGGAGCUAGUUAUAAAGGAUGCUGAAUAACAUGGUAGUGUAUUUGUUGACCCAUCUGUCCGAAUAGGUAUCUUGACGACUCUAAAGAGGGUUGAGGAAGGUAAGGCAGCGAGAAAGAGAUGGGCACCGCCCUCAUGAAGCAGGCAUCCAGAAAAAUGAGGUCUCUAAUACCUUGCUCCCCAAUGACCUGAAAGAGGUCUGGGGAUUACCUUUACCUUUACAUGGUGGCCAGGCAUGUGGAAUAUUUAUGACAUUAUGCUUAUCCUGUAGUUGUGGGUUUUCAUGACAUCUCACAGAAAGGCCAGCAGCAUGGCUUCAUAGAAUAGUUAGGUUGGGGGAGAAAAUGUUGGUGAGCAAACUACUCUAUGAAGUGUAGCAAGUUAUCAAUCAGCUUGUUGACUAAUGCAAGGCAGGGUUUCUACAGUCUAAAUGACUUAUUUGUUGACUAACCUGACACAUUCUGGCAAUGGUAGUCCCAAAAGUUUAGACCCUAGCCCUAGCAAGUGAUUCUUUUAGAACUUCUCCAUUGUGGCAGACCAUUAUGUCCCUGCAACACACUAGCAUUUUGCAGAGUGUGCUGUUUCACAAACUGCAGUAUCAAUGCAAGGCCUAGGAAAUUUAGAUGAAGAAAUGGGUUUUUUUUUCCUUUUUUAAAUUUGAUGAGACCAAAGAAAUGCAUGCUUGUAUGUAUUGGCUUUUGUUUAAACCCUUGUUAUGUUGUACAGAAAUGUGACCUAUUUUAUGUAAUGCAUCAUGCAACAGACUGGAUUUCUGCCAAAUGCUGAGACACCUUUGUUAAAGAAAAAGCCACUUGCAUACUCUGUCUCUCUUGCCAUGAUGCAUAUUUUUGCCAUGUAUAUAAAGACUUCAUUUUCAUCUGGCCCUCCAUCAUCCACCUGCAUUGCAUCGCACUUUUUCUCUCAUUCCCUCAGAAGGUGUUGAUAACCGGUGAUGAGCAGUUACUUCACCUGCUCAGACCAUUGCACAGGUUUCCAUACCUGUUGUCAUUGUGAUGCAUGCCAGCCAUAGAGUGGAUUAUGCAAGUGUGAUUCUUAAAAUUAUUAUUGUUGAUUGUUAACUGUUGUGCCACUCCAAACCUUUUAACAAAAGUUGUAAACCUUUCAUCUCACCUGUGCAGAAAUCAAGUGACAGAUGAAUUGGCUGUAGCUUGUAGAACCACAGGGAUAAUGUAACAGGCAGGAAAUGCACCAGUUAGAGAGCACAUCAUGAGAGACUAAGAGCAUAUUUGAUUUUUCUUAUGAUGUGUUUGACCUAUAUGCUAUGUGAUUAUUUUCAGUCCACACAAAACAGUCAUUGACAUGCCAGUUGCAGUGAAAUAGGCUCACUCCUGGAUAUGGUGUAGAACUCAGUCAGUUAAUCUAAGCACAUAAGACUGUGUUUAAAACACUUUUACUUCUUAACUUACUUCUUAGGAGACAGAUAAGCAGGUUGGCAACAUGGCAACAUAUGUCACUGAAAACUCUAGCAUCAGAACUUCUCAGGGCAUAGGAGAAAACUAGAUGUGGCAGCUGCAUAGUCACAAUAAGUCAUCUGUCAUGUUGCUUUACCCUCUCCCACCCUACCUAGAGGUGAAAGACAUGCAUAAAGGUAGAGUUCCAGUAGUCUAAUGGCCACAGAGCAGCAAAUUGAAAGCGACUCACCACUGAGUUGGAUGGCAGAAGAUAGAGUUAACCUUCUCCUUAAGCAACAUGUUAGCUUUCUGGCAAGCAGUUACCCAUCACUGGUUAACUGUGGCAGAGGGAGUAACCAAGUCAGAGGCUUUGAACUAGCAACUUUUGGCUCUGAAUUUCAGCACAACCCUUCCACAAAAGUACAGAACCUCUCCGUAAGCAUGAAUACAGAGUUUUAAUUUCCCCAAAAGCUUAAAUACAAAUUUUUCAUAUGGAAUCGAUGUAUAACAUGCCAUUCAUGCAAAAAAGAUUCCCCUGAUGCAUGAGUGUUAGCAACACGAGAUCUUCACUUCUUGGAUGUAAAAUAAUUUAUAUGUGUAUCGCAAUCGCAACAAAAUUAAAUGAAAGCAGAUUUUUUUUUCUUUUUAACUGGUCUAUGUUCUUGUAUAUUACAUGCAGAAAGGGAAAUACGGUGUACUUGUGGAGAUAAUCUUAAAUUUGUGCUUAUGGUGGUCGGAGGAGGGAAUAGAAUUUGUGCAAAAUAAACAGUACAGCACUCCUAGUCAAGCUGUUCCACACCGUCAAAUACCAAAAGCAGGGUUUUAAAAAAAAGACAUAUGAUCAAAUUUUUUCAUAGGGCCUCAUCUACUUAACUCAUACCAUAGAAGGUGCACAUUUUUUAUUCACAAAUGCUUGUGAAUAUGACUUAGUCUUUUGACAUUAUUGUGUCAGUUAUGAUUUUGCUUUUAUAUCCUUUUAAAUUCUGUAGGUGGGACAAGCUUUCUCACUGCAAUCUUAAUAUUUUCUAGUUUUGACAGAAUAGUUGUGCACAAUCAUUUGUGCUUGCUUUAUCUUCUGCCGAAGACAGAUGGUUGGUCAUCUGUUGUUAAUACUUCUUUCUGUGAGAAUGUGUCAAGAAACAAAUGUUUAGGAGAUAUACUAAUACUAGGAGACUUUUAUAGCAUAUUGAUCCUUUGAAACAUUUUGUUUGUAAUUUGCGGAUGCAAACACUUAGGUCUUUGGAAAGAGACAUUUAAUCAAGGAGAUAACCUGGCAGAGGAUAAAGGAAGAGUAUCCCUACCACCUGGACCAGAAUAGGUAGGUGUGCUGGUCAACAGAGUAGAGUUGGGUAUGGGGUGGGGUGAGGGAUAUGGAGCCAAAGGGUAUCAGAUGCAGGCUGAAGUGUAGAUGGUGAGGCAGUAAUGUAAUCAGCUGCACGGUGAUGGAGACAUUUGUAGCAAAGUUGCCUAAACUUACAAAUAUGCUCAUGAGAGAACAAUAUGUAUGACCACCUUGAUGGUGGCAUCAUGAUUCGGGGUAAAUUGUCUUUAUCUUACUUUCUGGUGCAGCCACACCUGCAGUUACUACAGUGUAAUGAGCCGGUGGGUUAGCAUCACAGUCCAAAGUCGACCUGGUUGUGGUGUACAGUCCAUUAAAAUUUGGAUAGCUCCAGAAUGUUUUAACAACACUCCUAUUUUUGUUGAUCAUUAAAAAAACCCUUAAGGAACAGCAUGUCACCCUUCUGUAAGUGUUAAACAACUCAUAUCACCUUUGUGAAAUUAAGUCUGAAAUAUGUGAGCCACAGCAAUUACUGUGUAUAUUAAAGAAGGGGCAUUAAAUCUGUAUGUGAUAUUUUUUGCUAUGCGAGACCAAGUAUAUAUACUGUCAUUUUUCCAUUUUAAGUCCUGUUUUGCAAGAAGGCAGCUUGCAGGCAGAGUUCUGAUGUCUUUGUCCAUUUUUUCGGAGGGUUUGGUAGAAUUUGUAGUAGUUUAGUUUGCAGCACAGAUAUAUGAGGACGUACGCUUUGUUCCCUCCAGAUUUCUGCCGUUUUUGAGGGUUGUUCACCUCAGUUCUGGUAAAAGCUGCCGAAGUUGCUAAUAUUAUUUGGAAAACCUCCUCAUAAUAUAUAUAUAUGAUCUGUAUAUAUACAGUCUGUUAGUAAGCAAAAGCUGAAUCUCAAUAUGGUUUUGAGGGGUUUUAAAGCUUAUGUAGCUUGACAGUGCUAAUAAACUUGUAGCCAUACAUUGACAGGACUGUUUUGAAGUGCUUGUUUUAUUCAUCAGUUUCCAGAAGGGCAGGGACAGGAGGAGUCUGUUGUAGAAUAGACAUAGGAAAAGCAAUGGAGCAGCAAACCAGAGAGGAAGUGAAGACUGUGCAAAAGUCAAGGGUAGUUUAAGUAAAAAUAACAUCAAGAAAGAGAUCUUUCAUAUUAUCAACUAAAUAUACUGUGAAAGUUUUUUUUACCAGUUGUACAUGAACCAACCAAGUCAUGGUCAGGUGUUAAAGACUGAAAGUAAAAAUUCAUGUAAUCUUACAAGAGGAAGCUGGAAAGAUGUGUGUAUGAGCAAGUGCAUUAAUCUGCUGCUGUGCAUGCAUUGCUGCUAUGAGAGCUUUCUUUAAGUGGUAUUUUAAAAAAAAAAAUUGAUUAUUUAUACCCCAUAUUUGUCUUGCAUUUUAAAAUUAAACAAAUGGAUUGUA